AUGGAAUUUAGAGACAAUUGGCAUAAAGAUCCGGCGGAAGUGAAGACUAAGGAGAAUUUAGACAAUGAAACGAUCAAAUUUUUCCUAGAGAACAUUAAAGUAAUCGAGGGCAAUAGGUAUGAAGUCUGUUUGCCUUGGAAGGAUAGUCAUCGGAUUCUUGAAGAUAAUAAAGAUAAAGCGGAAAAAAGACUUUUCGCCAAUACACGAAAGCUGCAGAAGAUGGGAUUUUUCGAAGAAUAUGAUGGUAUUAUCAAAGGAUGGCACGAGGAAGGUAUAAUUGAAAUAGCUCCGAAUAAUAGUGAUACUGGUCACUAUUUAUCUCAUCAAGCAGUAAUCAAGGAUUCCAGUCUGACUACGAAAGUGCGACCUGUAUUUGAUGCAUCAUUGAAGGAUGAAAAUGGGAAUUCCUUGAAUGCUUGCCUCGAAAAGGGGCCGAAUUUAAUAGAAAUGCUUCCAAAACUUUUGAUACAAUUCCGGCAACAUGCAAUUGGUGUUACUGCCGAUAUAAGGAAAGCUUUCUUACAAAUCAGUUUGUGUGUCAGAGACAGAGACUUUUUGAAAUUCCUGUGGUGGAAAGAUUCAAACAAAACCGAGAUUAUUACCUACAGACACUGUCGUGUCGUGUUCGGCAUUUCUUCGAGUCCAUUCCUGUUGGGAGCAACGAUUUCUUACCAUUUGGAUAAUGCUCCACAAGAUUUAAGAGGAACGGCACUUAGAUUGAAGAAAUCCUUUUAUGUCGACAAUUGUAUAGCUAGUUUCGAAACUGAAGAAGAAGUAGUCAAGUUCAAAGAAGAGUCCCAAACUCUAAUGUCUUCAGGAGGUUUUGACCUUAGAGGGUGGACUGCUGCACCAUUCAAAGAUAGAAGCAUGACUUCCUAUCAGAAGGUCAUUCCAAUUCUGGGACUCUCAUGGGACACCGAGAAUGAUGAAAUCUAUUGCAAUUUAACCCCUUUGACAUUUUCGGAGAGUGCCCACACGAAACGAUCUCUUCUGUCAGUCUCACAGAGGAUAUUCGAUCCCAUCGGAUUUACAAGUCCAACCACGUUAAUUCCAAAACUCAUUCUGCAAAAAACAUGGAAGAUGAAACUUUCCUGGGAUGAAAAUCUUCCACAAGGUAUAGAAAGAGAAUUUCAGGCUUGGCUCAAAAGACUACACUUCUUGAAUUAUUGUAAAAUUUCAAGAAGACUUGUGAUUGGACCUUUCGAUGACUGCUCUAUCUCUCUACAUUGUUUUAGUGAUGCUAGUAAGGUAUCUUAUGCAGCAUGCAUUUUCUUACGUGCAUAUUUUGAGGGCAAAACUUCAGUACAAUUGGUAUUAUGUAAAUCAAGAGUAGCACCUGCCAAAGAAGUAAGUAACUAUUCCCAGAUUAGAGUUGCUUGGAGCACUUAUAGCUUCUCGGCUGUACCGUCAAGUCAUUGA